GUUCUCAAGUGUCUGAAAUACAUGUAAUUAGAUGUUACCGCAAAACAUUUCAAAAUGUAACCAAACACAGCUCGCAAUCUCUUUAGAGAAAAUUGAGUUGUUUUCACCCGUUUAUUGCGUUCAUCCACCACUAAAUUAAAGGAAGUAAUUGAGCAAAACUUUUCCCAACUCCAUUCUCCCUCUCUUGCCCAAUUCAUAUAACCUUCAACACCUAAAUAUAGCAGAGAGAAAAUCUGACGGAAACUUUCGAGGAAAAGGGAAGAAAUGCAGGCUACCAUCUUUUUCUCAAUUUAAUCAAAAAAAGUUUCUGUAGUAUCUUUGAUUCAAUUGGUUUGGUUUCUGGAAUUUGUGUAAGAUGGAUGAUACGGAUUGCCUUGUCAAGGGAGACUUAUUCAAUCCCAUCCUUGCGGUGGGCGCACAAAUUGCUUGCCUGCUUGUGAUCUCGCAUUUCUUCCUACUUCUGUUGAGGCCCUUAGGCCAACCAGCACCCGUCGCGCAAAUUCUCGCAGGGUUCGUGCUAGGCCCGUCUUGUUUAUCACACAUUGAAAAUGUAAAAGCAUUCUUUUUUACCAAUGCUGCUGACUACUAUGAGACCAUGGCAUUAUAUGCAAGAAUUAUCAUCAUGUUUCUGAUUGGGCUACAGAUAGAUUUUCCUUAUCUAAUGCGCAACAUACGUGUAGCGGGCGUCAUUGCUUGUGGAAGCAGUUUGACUUGUACAAUAUUCGCCAUAGUCGUUACCUCCUUUAUAUACCAAGAGAUGGGAGGCCACGGUUCUGCAUUUACUAUGGGCUUAAUACUAGUAGUAAUCUUAUCUAACACAGCCUCUCCAUAUGUGAUUCGCUUCGCACAUGAUCUCAGGUUUGCAAGUACUGAUGUUGGGAGGUUGGCCAUAUCUUCCUCAUUAAUAAGUGAUUCCUAUGCUGUAGUUUUAUUGAUUAUACUUCAAAGACACAACCAAAAGUAUGACUUUGCAAAUUGGUUUGUGGUUGGACUUCUAUAUCUCUUCAUUGUCGUGGCAGUUAUUUAUGUCAACAAAUAUAUAGCAAAUUGGCUAAAUAGGAGGAAUAGAAAUCAAAAGUACCUCAAGAACACUGAAAUUUUUAUUCUUCUAGCAAUCUUAUUUGUUGCUGCCACAUCUGUUGAAACUAUGGGAUUCAGCAGCAUAAUUGUUUGUUUCCUCAUUGGUGCACUGUUUCCUAGAGGAGGCAAAACAGGUCGGACUCUUUUGAUCAAACUUUCAUAUGUGGUUCACAACUUCAUUCUUCCCAUGUACUUUGGCUACAGUGGAUUCAAAGCAGAUGUCACCCUAAUAAACAGUUUCCGUAACUUUAUUGUAGUUGCACUCGUUCUCCUACUUUGUAUCGGAGGGAAAGUAACCGGCACACUAGCUGCUUGCUUUUACCUAAAAAUUCCAUUGAACGAAGGGGUUCUUCUUUCUUUCUUGAUGAACUUGAAAGGCCAUAUUGACUUGCUUGCUCUGACAGUCGGCGUGGAGAGUAAAGUCACGUCUAGCCAAAUAUUCUACAACUUGAUGAUGGCAGUAGUUUUAAUCAAUUCUUUGAUCUGGGGACCUGUAAUAGCCUUCAUGGUAAGAAGAGAAAGUGACAUCCUUGGUUAUAAGCACAUUGCUUUGGAAUUUCAAUACCCAGAGAGUGAAUUAAAACUACUAGCUUGUGUGCAUGGGCCUCGUCCGGUGGCAACCAUGAUAGGACUAGUUGCAGCAUGUAAAGGGCCUGUGAAUGUUGCCAUUACUCCAUACUUGAUGCACCUAAUUGAGCUUCCAGAGAAAACCAAAACAAAUUUAUUAUACCACCAAAAGGAAGAAGAUGAACUUAGUGAUGAUGAUAAUUAUGGUGGUAAUGAUGUGGUAGAAAUAAAUGAAGCAGUAGAUAUCUUUGCUGUUGAGACUGGGGUCAUUAUUCAUCAAGUUAAGAUCGUAUCACCUUUUGCAAGUAUGUUUGCUGAUGUAUGUGAAUUUGCUGAGAUUACAAGAGCAUCUAUUAUCAUUCUACCUUUUCACAAGCACCAAAGAAUUGAUGGAAAACUAGAAAGCGGGAAGGAAGGCAUAAGAACAACAAAUCAAAAAGUCCUUCGUCAUGCGAAGUGCUCAGUGGCGAUCCUUGUAGACCGUGGACUCACUGCUGGAACCAUGCACACUUCUGAUUCUGGUUCCUUGCAACAUAUAGCAAUGUUGUUUUUUGGUGGACCAGACGAUCGUGAAGCAUUAGGGCUUAGCAAACGUCUCGGAAUGCAUCAUCACAUAAACCUCACAGUAAUUAGAUUCCUACAUGCAUCAGAACAAAAGGAAAGCCUGAAGGCGAAUACUGCUCAGGGGGAAGAAGAUGUAUUGAUGGCAAUAUCAGAUCAUGAUCCGGAUAAUGAGGCAGACAAUAUAGCCUUGACUGACUUCUUCAACAGGUUCGUAACUUCAGGACAAGUAGGAUAUAUUGAAAAGCUUGUGGAGAAUGGUGGAGAGACAGCAUCAGCUUUGAGGGACAUGGCUGAUAUGUAUGCAAUGUUUAUAGUCGGAAAAAGAAGCAGAGGACAUUCGACAUUAACAACUGGUAUGAGUGAUUGGGAAGAAUGCCCUGAGCUUGGUAAAGUAGGGGAUUUUUUAGCUUCUUCAGACUUCGAUCUUAGUGGUUCCGUUUUAGUUAUACAACAGCAUAGACAUUCAAGGCCUGGAGAUGACGAUCAAUAGAAAUUAUAUAUAUGUCAAAAUCAAAUGGGUUUUCCUGUUCAUAUUGUAAAGAUUACAAAAGAGAGUUUAUUCUAUGGGAUUUUUCCUUUAA